AUGGCUCUCCUAGACCAGAAACCUGGCGCCUUAUCGUGCUCGCAAAGUCACCAAUUCACCCACCAAUAUCAACACACCACAACUGCAGUCAAGCCUACCAUGCUGGCGGCGCCUGCUCCAGUUCUUAUAAACCAGGUGAUCAACGAUAACUAUAUCAGUGAGGCCAAUCGGCAACUUGCACGUCUUUCUAAAGCCAUUGGACAAGAUGAGGUCACGCGAGAGAAGCUGUUGCAUGCCUUUAACUUCUCCGGGGGAGAAUGGUGUCAAAAUGCCAUACCACAGAAGCUGGAUAUAUCAGCCUGGGUCUCCGACGUGAGCAAUGAUCACUCGCCUUUUGAGUACUCAUUGGCUCUAUCGCAACAGACUGGAGCAUCUGAGCUGCGAUUCUUGAUCGAGGCUCAGCCCGAAGAAAACAGCUUAGCUGCCCUCCAAGAAAGGACCUCGCGCUUGACCGACGACAUAGCAACAGAGUACGGCCCCACAAGGGUCUCCCUAGACCGCUUGAACCUCGUUCGAGAUUUAUUUCUCCCCCCAAAUGCUGAGGGUAAGCUAGCCUCAUGGCACAGCUUCGCUACCUCAAAUACACUGGAAAAGUGGAAGAUUUAUUUGAAUCCACUAGCCUCUGGUAGCCAAAACGCCUCCAAAGUGACCCGAGAGGCCCUAGAGCGCCUGGGUCUGGCCAGUUCGUGGGAACUAUUGGACAGCAUCAUGACUGGCGACGACUAUCCUAUCUACUUCUCGCUUGGUCUGUCGCCGGACCCAGAAGACGCCGAAGUCAAGGUAUACGUUGCACACCGCGGUGCGUCUGCAACGCAAAUCGCGCAAAAGCAUGUUAAGAUGGAUCCCAAGUCCAGCGUCCAUGCGAUUGAGAUGUUCUACUCGAUUAUGGCUGGUGGCUCGCUUGGGCCAUACCGUGGAAAACCCGGUUUAUCCUGUUUCCAUUUCAAGAACAAAGAUCCGUCUCGUCCAGCGGCCCGUACAGUCCUCUACCCAAUGGACAGCUACGCAGCAGAUGAUGUCGAAGCGCGGGAACGCAUCGAAACGUACAUGGAUGCCAUUUCUGCGCCUCAGCUCUACCGAGAGAGGUAUAGGAAUGCCAUCAGCUCCGUGCAGCGUCGGCCGUUGGGGGCUGGUCGUGGCAUCCAUAGCUGGGUGAGUAUGAAGGAGAAGUCGGACGGCAAGCGUUCCAAUACGUUUUAUCUCUCCGCCGAACUGUACGGGUGUCUUGUUGAUGACGGCCCCUGGAAUGGUGGCCGCUGA